AUGUCUACCCCCGCUGAUACUACAUAUAGUACCACCAACAAUAUGGAGACUCAAAAUAAUGAUCCUUCUGAGAUAGAGACAAUGUUUGGGCUAUGGGUCGAACAAGUCCUCAAGGAUGAUGCCAAUAAGGUAGUCGACUCGCUCAAGCGCCUUUGGGAUAUCUUGUUGCAGGAAACAGUCAUGGACGAGACGGAAGCGAAGGAUUCACUGACUCUUCUAGGAGUUCAUAGGACCUUGUUGGCUGUCAUGAGCAAGUGGAAACAUGAUGCCAACAUUCAGCACUUUGCUUGUCGAUGCCUGGCCGUACUGCUCGUCGAGAAUGAAGUCGCCAUGACUGAUCUGGCACUCUCGGGAGGGAUGGAGUCCAUUUGCGCUGCUCUUGAAAGAUUCCCAGAGUCCGAAAAUGUUCAAGCGGCUGGCAUUUGGGCCAUGCAGAACUUGCUUUGUGGCGGCAAUGCUACUACUCAGCCACAUCAUCAUGCUAUUGACGAGGCUACGAAACGAUUUGUGGUCGAGGUGGAUGGAUUGGCGCUUGUGGUGAAGGCCAUGGAGGAAUUCCCCGCGAAUGCAUUUAUCCUGGGUUGCAGCUCUUGGCUGUUUCAUAACUUGUAUGAUGCGCAUGAUGAGUACUACAUGUAUUGCCAAGGGUUUGUGCAACAAGGCGUCGCGGAGGCCGUUCAGACGGCUCUUCAAAACCAUGCACACGAUGACGGUGUCAAGGAAGCUGCCACUGUUUGUUUGGAAAAGAUCUUUGCCACCAACAAGAAACAAGUGUAA